GGGAAUGGAGUGGAUGACGGUAAUGGCCCAGGUCCAGGACCAGCUGAAAUGUCUCGGAAAGUACCGCAACUCGCCUUUCGGUGACCAGAUUAACUGGCGCUGUCGUUGAGGGGCCGUGGUUUAUUUUAGAAAUUGCUGCAUCGCGAUGGAAUGUUUGCUGUGAAUGUGUGCGAGGGAGGAUGCAAUGCGGUGCAAUGCAGUGCAGCGCAUGACAUGGCAUGGCAUUGCAGCAGCUGAAUCUAAGUUACAGCACACUCCACCUCAUAUUGUCAUCCACAACUAUCCCGAGCUAGGAGUGCGAAUGAGGCAAGUGUGGCCACACGAGAUGCAUCACAAGCAAGUACCUAUGCCCAUGGGCCAGUACCUGCCUACCUAGGGGCGGAACGAGGCGGAAAGUGGCUGGCCGGGGAAAUGGAAGGAGAUGGUAGGGACGGAUACGUGUACGAGUUACCUUCCCCAAGGUAUUACCAAACCAGCUUGACAAGUACGGAUACAUACGAAUGAGCCGACUGCAGCCAAACAUACUACGUAUUUACCUAAGUAUGCCAGUGGCAGCUGCAGUUUCCUUCGUACAAAGUGAAAAAGAAAAGAGACAUGUGCAUAAAUCCCGAGAAAACAUACAAUGGAGGCAAAAUAAUGAUAAGAAAAAAAUCCAGACCAGCAGGGGCACAAUGCUGCAGCGCACCUUCGAUCGGUCUGGGCCGCUAGAAACCAUUGGAUCGGGUCAUUGCAGGUUAAAUUCACAAUAACGCAACGCCGCAAUGAGGCAUAUCCCAGUUCAAACCGACAUCUGACUGGCUAGGGGCGGCGUGGGGAAGAGAGUGUGAGGAGAAGAAGGACAAUGGGCAAGUCAGCUCGUGCCGUAUGCCGUAUACUAGCAUAGUGGAAAGAGAAGGAGGCAACUUGUUGGAGAAGUGAUAGGGAAGGAUGUUGUUGGAGAAAGUGAACUGUGAGGAGCCGUGUGCGUGAAGUCACUGAAGUGGUGUGAGUGUGCAGCGUGAGAUGUGAGGCAAGGCGCAAUGAUCAAGAGCCGGCACUUUCCCUACCAGCCGGAUCUUACCUGAGAA